AUGGCAGCAGACAGCAACAUGGCUCCUGACGAAAAGACGAGCACUACUCCUGCGAAAAGAGCUGUCCACAAGAUCCGAAUGGCCAGCCUAGUCUUCAGCUUGGCAAAAGGCUGGCAGCAGUGGGCAUCUGACCACCAUGUAAAGCAAGCCCAAGAGCCCUCUGGAUGGGCCCCCUCUGCAGAAGACUCAAAACCUCAGCUUACAGAAGAAAGACCCUUUGAAAAAUGUCCUAUUCCAUCUGUCAAGAGGGAACCAGGAAAAGAUGAUGAAAAAUCCUCUGCAAAGGAAUCAAUGACAUUAAGAGAUGUGGAAAAAAAUGCACGUGAAUCAGAUGAAGCCCUCAAAAAGUUCAGCAUUAAAAGCAAAGAGGUGACCAAAACAGUUGUAAGCAAAGCCUACGAACGAGGAGGUGAUGUGAGCCUCCUCAGUGGAAGAUACGAGAAUAACAAUAAUAGCUCAGAGAUGACCAAGCUCAAAGAAGAAUCAAAUGCUAUUGACAAAAUUCUUUGUGGCAAAUUAUCUCCAACUAUAAGAAGAAAGUGUUCAAACAUGGUAUCAGAGCUGACCAAGGGCUGGAAACAGAUGGAAGAAGCGGACAAAGAGGGGGCUAAGGAAGAGCUGCUGCUUAGGUGUCGUGAUGACAGCCUGGAUGCAGAAGACAGUGGCUACGGGGAAGCAGAGGACAAACUUGAGCAAGAAGACACUGAUCAAGAGGUGAUGGCUGUGAGGAUUAAACGACCUGCACUGUCUUUCGCAAGCAGGUUUAGCGAAGAAGCACGCUCCCAGUCCCGCAGGAAACACAGCCCCAUCAACAGCCUGAAGGACAGGUGGCAAGAAUGGGCCGACCAGCACAUCAUGACACAGAAGCUGAAUCCCUUCAGCGAGGAGUUUGACCAUGAGCUGGCCAUGUCCACACGCCUGCACAAAGGAGAUGAAGGCUACGGCCGUCCAAAAGAAGGAACCAAAACUGCUGAAAGGGCCAAGAGAGCCGAGGCCCAUAUCCACCGGGAGAUUAGGGACAUGUGCUUCAUCAUCGAAUCAAUGGCUAAGCCGCGGCGCGACGGCAAGAUCCAAGUCACUUUCGGGGAACUCUUUGAGAGAUACGUUCGUAUUUCGGAUAAGGUGGUUGGGAUUCUCAUGAGAGCCAGGAAACAUGGGUUGGUGGACUUUGAAGGAGAAAUGUUAUGGCAAGGAAGGGAUGACAAUGUCAUAAUUACCUUAUUAAAAUAAGUGUGCUACAACAAGAACAACUUGUUUUGGAAAACCUCCAUUUCUCCCUUGCUAUCAACAUUUGCACAUUUUGAAUACAAGAUUCUCCCCAGGCACCCACACAGAAAAGACAUUGAGCAUUUUUCUAAAUAUGUAAUUUUUAACUGCUGUAUGAUAACACACGCAUCCAAAUGGAUUUUUCUCUGUGCCAGGAGAGCUUGCAGGAUACUUCAGU